AUGACGGAGGAGGAGAGCGGGGUGCGGCGGUGGCUUGUCGACAUCAGCAGCUGGCGGCCUUCCCCCGACCAGUUCGACGCUGCAGCCGCCCUCCUCCCGCCGCACGAGCGCCCCGCCAUCGCCAGGUUCGUGAAAGAGGACGACAGGAAGCGGGCGCUCGUCAGUCGUCUGCUGCAGUACUCGCUCGUGCACCAUCUUCUCCGCAUCUCGUUCCACCAGAUCAACAUACGCCGCACAGCCGAGGGGAAACCUUACCUUCAGAAUAAUUGUUCAGACUUCCCGAAUUUCAACUUCAGCACCUCGCACCAGGGGGACUACGUUGGCAUUGUAUCGGAACCACUUUGCCUUGUUGGCCUUGACAUUGUGUCUGUUUCUGAGCCCCAGGGAGAAACCGCUGCCGAGUUCGUCAGCAACUUCUCUUCGUACCUCACUGACCAUGAGUGGAACUGCAUCGUUGGUGCUGGCACUCCCAGGGACGUGCUGACAGAGUUCUACAGGUAUUGGUGUCUGAAAGAAGCAUUUGUUAAAGCAGUAGGUGCUGGAGUUGGGUUUGGGUUUCGUCGACUGGAAUUCCACCAUGAAGGCUGGACUAACAUUUGUAUUUGUAUUGAUGGAGAAGUGUCUAAGAAAUGGAGAUUCUGGCUUUUCAAACUUGAUGAAACACACUUGGCAUCUAUAGCAAAAGGGGAUCCAGAGGAUGCUAUAAACACCUUCAAGAAAACAUUGUCCAGUGUGACUAUUGCAGAGAAACAGUUAUCUUCUGCACUAGAUAGUCCAGAAGAAGCUUUCACUUUGCAGACAGUGGAAGAACUUACACAAUCACAGGAGUAA